AUGGAUUCCUUCUUCCAGUCGGAGGUGUUUAGCAGCACCACUUGGAGCUACGAGUCUAUGAAGAACUUCGGCCCAAUCAACGCCUCUGUACAGAAUCACCUAAAACAGGUGAGGCCAUCAUCUACUCCUGCUCCACUGUUCUUCAGACUUCACUGUGCAUCGGUUUGCGUCUUCUCUUUGAAUCUUUCGGUUUCGAGAGAAUUGCUUAUUUUGGAUACAACCAGUUCGUAGCGGACUGCUGAGAAAAAGAUUCAUUCCUGGAUGUUCCUUCACAGGUUCACACGGUUAAUCCAGAGUCUAACCUUCGACCUUAAAAUCCCUGUCAUGCUCUUUUGAUUUCUCAAAUCUAACUUUCCUCUCCAUCCCUCUAUCAAAAAUGCCUUUACUCCAUUUCGACGGGGAUUGCCGGUCUUGAAGGUUACAAUCCAUUCGGAGGUUUGAAUUUCUGAUUAGUUUUCACAGAACUCUCAUGUAAUUCCUGCUGUGUCGUCGGAUGCGCAUGCCUCUUUCUGUGUCAUGUUCUCUUCAGUUCUGAUAGGCUGAAACUUUCUGUAGCUUGUCCAGUUCAGUUUUUCUUAAUCAUUUAUAGUGACAUUGGGUAAACAAACAACCGUAACUGGAGUUUUUCUGUAAUUUCUGAUGUUUCAUCGGAUGCACAUCUCCGUUUUCUGUGCCAUCCUUUUUUCGGUGAUGCGUCGCGUGCUGCUGAAGUCUGUUGGAUUCGGUUUUCUAAAUCAUUCCCAGUAAUUAUGGGUGAAAACUGCGACUGAUUGUGUUGAUCCGUAACUUACCUAUUUUUUCCAAGUAGUGGGUUUCAUAUGUAAUAAAAAGAUACGAUGCGGUGCAGGUUUACCUCACGCUAUGCCUUGCUGUGGCCGCAUCCGCGGCGGGAGCAUAUCUGGACAUCCUGUACGACGUCGGAGGCAUCACGACCAUGAUCGGGUGCUUAGCGACCGUCGUCUGGUUGCUGGCCACUCCUCCGUCUGAACAAGUAAAAUCGCGCUUCCCAUCCUUUUUGUUGGUGUGGAAACUCGUAUCUAUUUCGUCUGUCGUUGACUACCACUGGCUCGUACACAGAGACAGCGGUUUGGCCUUCUAAUGGCGGCUUCUCUCUUCCAAGGGGCUAUAAUCGGUCCUCUCAUUGGGUUUGCUGUAGACUUUGAUCCAAGGUAUCACAUCCUUCCUUCUCCUGAAUUUGCUUGUAAUGAGCCUUAGAUCUCCUCGUGGCAUGUUCCGUGGGCCACACUUGACUUUGCGCUGGGCCGGGCCUCUUCUUUGACUUCUGGGAGACUAUGGUCAACGUUAAUGGCCCAGUAGUCUUACUGGACGGAAGGAGGUGGACGUGACCUCCGGCUCCUAUCAUCUUAUCCACUGAUUGGCCGAAGGCUUUAGGUCGAAUAAUCUUACCGCUACAAAAACGUACACUCCACUCCAAAAUGAUGCGUUCUAAUCUUACCGCUUCUUUUAAGAUCCCCUUAUCCAUUGCUGUUUAGUCCAAGCAGAGGGCCGCGGUUGAUUUUCAUCUGAUACUACCCAAAUAAGUCAGCUGGAAUUUUUUCCUUUGAAAAGGUUAUAUAUAUCUUGGACUUCGUCAGUAGAUUUUAAGCCUCAAUGACUGCAGAAUCCUCGUCACGGCAUUAGUGGGGAGCGGUCUGGCCUUCGGCUGCUUUUCGGCGGCAGCGUUGCUGGCCAAGCGCCGCCAGUUCCUCUUCCUGGGCGGCCUGCUCGGCUCCGGCCUAUCCAUCCUCCUGUGGCUGCAGCUCGCGUCCUCCACAUUCGGUGGCUCCACGGCCCUCUACAAUGCCGAGGCAAGCAUCUCCCAUCUACCACCCCCUUAAUCACUGCGCUCAUCCGCCACCGCUCGUUGUCACCCUAUCCACCCUCGUGAGCAGAUAUACUUCGGGCUGCUUCUGUUCCUCGGGUACAUGGUGUUCGACACCCAGCUGAUGAUCGAGAGGGCGCUCCGUGGGGACCGCGACCAUGUCAGGGACGCCCUCCUACUGUACACAGACUUCGCCGGCGUCUUCGUCCGCGUUCUAGUCGUCACGGUGAGUAGUCUUUCAUCUCAGCAGCACCGACCAGCAUUCCAUCUCAGGAUCUCUAUUUCAUUGUCCGCUUUUGUGGACCGUGAUAUCGCAGCUGAGGAACGCGCUAGAGAGAGGACAAGAGAGGAGGAAGAAGAAAAGGCAAAGUCCCUAG